AUGGUGCUGCCCGCCGCCGGCAAGCUGCGCCUCGAGGCCGCCGAGAACUCGUACCGCGGCCACAUGCGCCUCACGGUCGCCCAGCUGGCUGCACCGCACGACUUCGGCAACUACCGCUGCAUCGCCAAGAACUCGCUCGGCGAGACGGAGGGCUCCAUACGCCUCUACGAGAUUCCAAAACCAUCAUCCCCUCCGAGAGCUACAGAGAUACGAAGUGGAGCAUCGCGUGAAGAAAGGAUCUCAAGUCUCAAGAGUGACUUUGCUUCUCCGUCCUUCCAAAAGUCCCUCGAGCUGAAGGAGACGCUGUCGGCCAAGACCUGUGCGGAGAUGAAGACUCCAGCUAAACGACAGACGUUAUAA